AUGUCGACCCUUGAGGAACUCGACGACCUUGAUCGCCGCGAGCGCGAGGACAAGAAGAAGGAUCAGGACAAGGACAAGAACAACAAGAAGGAGGGAGAUGGCGAUGCCGAGAUGAAGGAUGCCGAGCCCGAGGCCGACGACAUCCUAGAUGAGGAGAUCCUGAGUUUGAGCACAGAGGACAUCUUGAUGCGGAAGCGCCUCCUCGAGAACGAUGCCAGGAUCAUGAAGAGCGAAUACCAGCGGUUAUCACACGAGAGGGCUACCAUGAAGGACAAGAUUAAGGAGAACCAGGAAAAGAUCGCUAACAACCGACAACUCCCGUAUCUCGUAGGAAACGUCGUCGAACUUUUGGACCUCGACCCGACCGCUGAGUCCUUGGAAGAGGGCGCCAACAUCGACUUGGACGCCACGCGCGUGGGCAAAUCGGCAGUCAUCAAGACCUCAACCAGACAGACCAUUUUCCUCCCGCUGAUCGGUUUGGUCGACCCCGAGAAGUUGAAGCCCGGCGAUCUCAUCGGUGUUAACAAGGAUUCAUACCUCAUUCUGGAUACGCUGCCCGCCGAGUACGACAGCAGAGUCAAGGCCAUGGAGGUUGACGAGAAGCCUCAGGAGAAGUACACAGAUGUCGGUGGUCUCGACAAGCAGAUCGACGAACUUGUCGAGGCUAUCGUAUGGCCCAUGAAGGAGGCUGAACGGUUUAAGAAGAUUGGUAUCAAGGCGCCAAAGGGAGCUUUGAUGUACGGACCUCCCGGAACGGGCAAGACUCUGCUCGCCAGAGCCUGCGCCGCUCAGACAGAUGCCACAUUCCUCAAGCUUGCUGGUCCCCAGCUAGUGCAAAUGUUCAUCGGUGACGGUGCCAAGCUCGUAAGAGACUGCUUCGCCCUAGCGAAGGAGAAGGCCCCCUCAAUUAUCUUCAUCGACGAGUUGGAUGCCGUCGGCACCAAGCGUUUCGACAGCGAGAAGUCCGGUGAUCGUGAAGUCCAGCGAACCAUGUUGGAGCUCCUCAACCAGCUCGACGGUUUCGCUUCUGAUGAUCGUAUCAAGGUCCUUGCCGCGACGAACCGUAUCGAUGUUCUCGACCCCGCUCUGCUUCGUUCCGGCCGUCUCGAUCGCAAGAUCGAGUUCCCUCUUCCGAACGAGGAGGCACGCGCACAGAUUCUCAAGAUUCACUCCAGGAAGAUGAAGGUCAACCCCGGCGUUAACUGGGGCGAGUUGGCGCGCAGCACGGAUGAGUUCGGCGGUGCCAUGCUCAAGGCCGUGUGUGUCGAGGCUGGCAUGAUUGCCCUCCGUAUGGGCAAGAACCAGAUCGGACACGAACACUAUGUUGACGCUAUCUCCGAGGUGCAGGCCAAGAAGAAGGAUACCGUCAACUUCUAUGCUUAA